AUGGUAGCAAACUCCAAACCCCAAACUCACCAUGUUUCCGUUUUGGCCUUCCCCUUCGGUUCCCAUGCCGGCCCUCUCCACAGCCUCGUCCUCAGACUAGCUGCGGCGGCCCCGCAGGUGGCCUUCUCGUUCCUGACAACUUCCAAAGCCAACGCCGCCCUCUUCUCCAAGUCACCGUUGAGCCUCCACAAUGUGAAGGCUUACAACGUGCCUGACGGGUUGCCAGAGAACUUCGUGCCCUCUGGCAACCCUGAGGUGGCUGUCGGGUUUUUCUUGAAGGCGGCGCCUGCGAACUUUAUGGGGAAUAUGGCGGAGGAGAUGAAAGUCCCCUGGGUGCCGGUUUGGACGGGUGGACCACGUUCACUGCUGGCUCAUGUUGACACAGACUUGAUACGCCAAAGGCUUGGAACCAGUGGAGGUGGAAAACAAACCCUCGACUUCCUUCCUGGAUUUUCAAGAUUUCAGAUGGACGACCUACCUGAAGGAAUAGUAGGAAAGUUAGAGUCACCCUUAGCAACUCUAUUAUACAAAAUGGGACAAAAGCUGCCUAAAGCGACCGCUGUUGCAAUAAACUCUUUUGAAGAAGUAGACCCUGAAGUUGUGAAUGUGCUCAAGUCAAGAUUCCAGAAGUUCCUCAACGUUGGACCCUUUAGCCUAAUACCGUCAUCACCAUCACCAUCACCAUCACCGCCGCCAUUGCUUAACGAUGAAAGUGGUUGCUUAGAGUGGUUGGACACGCAGAAGGCAGCAUCAGUGGCAUAUAUUAGCUUUGGAAGUGUGGUGACACCACCACCUCAUGAGCUAGCAGCAUUUGCGGAAGCAUUGAUUGAAAGUGGGUUUCCAUUUAUUUGGUCAUUUAGGGGCAACAUAGAGGAAAUAUUGCCCAAGGGGUAUGACAAAAUGAGCCUGAAUGGGAAAAUACUUUCAUGGGCUCCACAAGUGCAAGUCUUGGGGCAUUCUUCAACUGGGGUUUUUGUGACACAUUGUGGGUGGAAUUCGAUUUUGGAGAGCAUUGUUGGUGGUGUGCCUAUGAUUUGCAGGCCAUUUUUUGGAGACCAAAAUCUUAACAUGAGGACGGUAGAGGCUGCAUGGGGGAUUGGUGUUGGGGUUGAGGGAGGGCUCAUCACGAAACCUGCAGCGAUUAAGGCCUUGGAACUGGUCUUGAAGCAAAAAGAAGGAGAAGAAAUGAGAGAAAAAUUAAAGAUCCUACAAAAUCUUGCCCAACAAGCUGUUGAAUGGAAUGGAAGCUCCCCACGAGCUUUCAAUAGCUUGGUGGAGAUUGUCACAAAGUAA